AUGAAUAGUAAUAUGAUUGAGUAGUUUAAUAUAUUUAUUACCAUUGACCAAAUACUUUAGAUAUAAAUAGAGAAUUCUUCUAGGUUUCUUAAUGAUAAAUAAAAAUAUGAAGGGAGAAUGAGAUGGGAAAAUAUAAAAGAAAUGAUAAAUUAUUUACCAAAUGAAUAUAAAUGUUUAUUAAAAUAAUAGUAAAUUAAAUAAAAUGAAAAAAAAAUUAAAUCCUUUUAAAUAAAUUAUUAAAAAAAGAAAUAAUUCCAUAGAAAAAUGCCAUCAAAGAGAAGAAAUAAUGGUCGUUCAAAGAAAAAUAGAGGUCAUGUAAAGCCAGUGACAUGCUCAAAUUGUUGUAGAUUAGUUGGGAAAGAUAAAGCCAUCAAAAGAUUCACAGUUAGAGAUAUUGUUGAUGCUUCAUCAAAGAAAGACAUUUUAGAAGCUUCAGCUUAUGAAAACAAAUAAUAAUAGUCAAUUCCAAAAUUAUUUGAUAAGCUUUAAGUAGUGUUAAUAAUAAAAAGUUAGUAUUGCGUUUCUUGUGCCAUCCAUGCUCGUAUUGUUAGAGUUAGAUCAGCUGAAGACAGAAGAAUUCGUGUUAUUGAAAGAAAACGACCUGUUUAAUAAUCAACAUAAAAAAAGGAUGCCAACAAACCAUAAGCUCCAGUUGCAGCUUAAUGAUAUAUCUAAUACAAACAUACAUUAAUAAAUUUGAA